CAGCUACAGGCCCAGCUACAGGCCCAGCUACAGGCCCAGCUACACACAUCCACUUUGAACGUUCCGAAGGAGGGUUUCUUAACAAACAACGCACUAUAUCGUCACUGAGUGCAUUGGGAAAAGAGAAUAGCCUUAAUUGACCCAGUCACCUCCCCUUGUCAGGAAGCAAGUGAAGCAUAUCAAAACAAAAUCUGCACCUUGCGUCGCGGCAUUUACAAGAUGUGAAGUGAAAGGAGAGAAGCUAUUUGUUAAAUGUGCUGCAGAUACAUGGACAGUGCUCUGUGCUCAAAGUAUGGGGGAACUGUGUAGAUAUUUCUGUCUAAACUUGGCGCUAUGGGUGUUUGUGUCAGGUUUGUAGACUUGAGCUCUGUAGAUUGGAUAUUAAAAUGGUUUCAAAUAUAACUAUGUACUAUACAGAUAAGCCUAUGUAGGUUUGUAACAGUAAAGGAACGCAUGUGUGUGCAUGUAGUGUGUGUACGGUAUAAUUCAGGCGGACUAAAAGCGAUAUAACCAGUGGCGUAUCUAAGGUAGGGGCCACACGGGGCACGCCAGCGUUUUGACACCCCCAUUCCACAAAAAAAUAAAGCUGGUUUGAAAUGCCGCCCCUCACUAUAAGGGAAAAUGAGGCCCCCGGGCCGUACCACCCUACACGCACACCCUUCCUACGUCACUGAAUACAACUUAUAGAAAAAGAAUUUCUCGUAAUUGCUUAUUAGUUUAAACGGAGUGACAUUAUAUGCCAACUCAUUGAUUUUAAGGGAUGAACAAUGGCUACAUAGCAGCACCAUUGACAACAUAAAUGGCCAUACUGGCUAUAGCAACAACAACAAAAAAGUGAUUAUUGGUUAACAGUGACGUAUCCUAGGGUUUUGCGAAUGCGGGGGGGGGGGGACUUCCCCACGCGCGGCACCUUCGGUGUAACUUACCAUCUUAAAUAAUUUUGUUUGUCUCUAUGGUUAGGGGUGCACACGGAUGAGAGUGCACCCUGGGUGGCUUUUAAUAAAGGUGCAUCACUGUAUUUUAACAUGUUCAAAGGGGUCUGGGAUCUACUGAUAGCUGCAUUGGUCCUUAUUUUAUUUUAAAUCAUAUUUUCUGUUUUGUAAUAUCCACGGGUUGAAAAAAAAAAAGGAUGGGCACAAUGUUAGACAUAUUUCCAUAAAACCACUCCAUGACAGAAAACAGAAACCAUAUUUAGAGGUGCAUUUAAAGGGAUACACAAAUUUAGUGUUCCUAUUAGUCAGGUUUUGUAGGGGAAAGGAUUUUUAAAGCACCCAAGGUGGGUGGGGGGGGGACGAGGGCCAUCUAUCAGCAUGCAUUAUGGCACCCGGUGCCAUUGCCUAAUACACACUGAAUUUACCCUAAACUCAGAUACAACCCAGUACUCUUCCGAUAAGCGGCGCGAGGAAAGAGGAAGCAUUAAUUGAGCAUGCUGAAGACUCCCGAGUAAAAGCGGGGGCAUGGUCUGUUCAAUUCAAUAUGCAAGAAUCCCUCUUACCCCAUACCUUAAUUUAGCUUUACAUCAUUCUACGUUUAAUCGCAGAGCAACAGGGGAUAUUCUAGUUAAAAAUGUAGGUGACAUCAGAGCUGUCAUAUUGGCUAUGCAACCCCUUCAUCUGCAGGUGUUCAUGCAUAAUUAAGGAGCUCAAAGUUGUGAUGUUGACACUUUUAUCAUCAAUUUUAAAUGCGGGUUGGGGUGGGGGGGGAUAUAGCCAAACUGAAAAGUGGCAGGGGGCUUUGAAAAGUGAAGAGACAGUCAACCUGACCUGGUAGUGAUAAAAAUACUUUUAAAAAAAUAAUUUACUACUAAAUAGUAAUUUGGUUUCUACAUUUUAUUUUAAAAUAUUUUAAGGAACACUCCUUAAUAAAUAAAUGCAUUUAAAAAAGUGCUUUGAAAAUGAUUCCAACACAAAAAAAACAAAACAUUGCUAACAUGUUAAAAGCAAUGCAUACCAUUGCUAACAUCACGUGGCAUGUUAAAAGCAAUGCAUACCAUUGCUAACAUCACGUGACAUAUUAAAAGCAAUGCAUACCCUUGCUAACAUCACGUGACAUGUUAAAAGCAAUGCAUACCAUUGCUAACAACACGUGAUAUAUUAAAAGCAAUGCAUACCAUUGCUAACAUCACGUUACAUGUUGGACGCAAUGCUACAUCGCGAGACAUGUUAUUCGCAAAUGGAAAAGAAAGAACUUCUUUUAGAAAGUUUUAUCCAUUUUAAUGGGUCGUUUCAACUUGACAUUUUUAUAAUCGUUUAUGAACGGCAUAAUUAUGUAGCGAAGACAUGAUAUGUUUACUAAUGUGUGAUUUUAUUUGAGGUAAGUCGUAUAAAUAUUUAGUAUAAAUUUCCCAAUAUUCACUUGAUUGAAAAUUUUAUUAUGAAUUUCAAACUACUAGUCUAUAACUUUAUUAAGAUAAAUUACAAAUUGACUAUUUUUAAAAACAAAUCCAUAGAAUUUAUUUUUGAAAAGAUGGUAUAGAAAAAAAGAAUGUUUGAAAAUUAUUUUUUUUAAUCUUUCUACUGGAUUCUCAUUUUAAAAACAGUUGAAUUAAAAAGUGCAGGUAAAUAGGUGGGGCAGAUUAUUUAUUGUUCUGAUAUUAUGACCUGUGAUGCACCCUCCUUGCCCUACCUUAUUUUCUGUUUCGGUUUAAUCCUGAAGUGUCAAAGUGUCCUCUUUUUAUAGCCAUUUUCAUUGUUUCUAUAGAAUAGUAGUUACUAUCCUAGUGUCUCAUUUGUAUUUACUUAGUUUACAUGUUUUAAUAAUUGUAAAGCGCUUAGAGCUUUAUGAUAAGCGCUAAAAAAAAUGCCUAAAUAAAUAAAUAAAUAAAUAUUGAAAAGAGAAAGGCAGUUGAGAACUUUAUGAUAUAUAGACUAGGUCAGUGGUCGCAAACUCAUGAGCCAAAAGAGCCAAAAAUCAGCAGCAUGACGAUUAAAAAAAAUGUUUGAGAGCCAAAUUUCUUUUCAAGAACCUAGUUGUUGUUUUUUUUUUUUUUUUAAUCAAAACCGAUUUGUGGCCGGUGGUCCGAGCCGCACUCAGGUCGCUAAACAGCCGCGAUUUGCCGACCACUGGACUAAGUAUUUAAAUUACUAUCUGUACGGAACUGCAACACCAGAAGCACCAAUAACGAAAAUACAACCGCUUUCCAUUUAAUAAUAAUUGAUGGAAUGUCAACUAUUUGUAGGCACACGUUAAAAUUUUAAUUUCUGUUUAACAAAAAAAAAUAAAUAAUAAUAAUAAAUUUCCUUAAAGUUUUUAUUUAAAAUUAUGCUAAAAAUAACUAUAUUUUUUAAAGCAAGAUGCCAUCAUAAAUUUAUAAUUGAAUUUAAAAAGCUAUUAUUUUAUGAUAAAGUAUUUGCAGAUGGUCAAUGUUUGAUAAUAAGCAAGAACUAUAGUUAAAUUACAGACCUUUAUAUUGAUGUAGAGAUAGUUUAAAGAAUGUGUCACUCAAAGUCUUCAAGCAAACAGGGUUGCAAAAAAAUAAAUAAAUAAAUAAAAAAAUAUAUAAAUGCGAAAAACGCUUUAAAGGAAACAAUUUCCAUUCGUUUUAAAAAUGGUUUACAAUGACAAUUUAGUCGAUAAUUUUAUAAAAUAUAUUUUCAGUUUUUUCGUACACAUCUUACCCCGGGGGAAGGGGGGCACUUGAAUUUCUCAAGUAGGGGACCCCACUCCUCGGAAAAAUGACUGAUAUAGAUAGUGGAAUAUGUUGUUUUUUUUAAAUUUAAAAAAAAAUGUGUGCCUUCCAUACCCCAGGGGCUCUAGUGCUCAUGUCUAAGAACCUGUGCUCUAUCUGCUGUCUGCAUAACAAUUUAUGACAUCCACUGUGGCGUAUAAAUUUAAUUUGUUAGAGUUUACUUUCCGUUAGGCCUGUAUGCGGCAGCCCCGAGCAGAAGAAGCCCGAGUCUAACAGCGUCCCCCAGUGUUAUAAUCCUGGGUGUGACGCCGUCUCUGACGGUCAACUGCAGCUACUCGUCAACUAGGAGUCAUGACCUCGCAACUCUCACAGCACUUACCAUCUACAGCAGAACUAAUUCAUCGGCACAUCUCCACAGUAAGGGGGAUACAAUGGCGCAAUCGUUAUGUGCUGAAUUAAGGUGGCAAGUUUCGCAUGACAUCCUGGUUCACUGUGUAUCCAGUAUUAUUUAUUGAUGCAAAAUUUGUAACCCCCCCCCCCCCCAUAAAUAGAUGGAAGUUUGAAUUAACGAUGUGGAGAUAGUUUGUAAAAAUGUUGUGAGUGUUUGUGUGGGGGAGGGGAUCGUAACGCAUUUGUGGGAAUGGUUGACUUGACUAGGGGGGCCUAAUUUUGGUUACCAAUUUGUGAGGAUGAUAGAAAAAAAUCAAUGUCUGGGUGUGUUGUGUUGUAUGUGUGUGGAGGGGUAGUAAAAAAAAAUUAUGUGACUUGAUUCAAGGACGGCCCCUUUAUAGUAACAACAACAUUUCACUCAAUUUAAUAUUUAAAGAAACCUUUAAUAAUAUGUAGGCCCAAGCCACCAUUAUACUCAAAUAUAACAUCGAGCAAGGCUAUGAGGUUUAUAUAAAUUAUGAUGUUCAGAAACGUAUGUUAAUACCUAUAAACGGGCGGUAAAGUUCUUUUAAAUCAAUCUAUGUUAAAUAUGUUAACUCCUUUUUUGAAAAGUUAUUAACGAAAUAAUUAAUUUUUAAAAUUAAAUAUCAUCAUGAUUACCAUUUCAGAUUUUCGUAAAUAAAUCUUCAAAAUUAAUAAUAAAAUUCAUCUGCAAACUUUUUUUUGUUAUCGGUUGAAAGCUAUUCGUCCCGUGAAAUUUUUGAAAACUGAAUCCUUUUAAAAUUCAAAUAUAUUUUUGUUGGGUACUUGAGAACCUGCACAUUUUAAAUAUUGUUUUUGAAAUUUCAGAACGAGGCGUUGUAAAGGUCUUAGAAGAUAACGGGAUGACUCAGACUUUCGUCUCAAAGAAUGCCGAAGGUGAGGGAGUCAUCGACGACAAAGGAGAAUCGUUUUUAUUUCUAAGGUGGAGCUUGCCCUCUCGGUAAAAAUUGCUUCUGAAAUAGUGGUGUUUCCAACCGACUAUAUGCAUAUAGUAGAUGAAGGGUAUUUUACAAGAAAUAAAUGUCCUUAAUAUCUAAAAGAUUAAGAUUUUUUACAUAACUUUUUAUUUGGUUACAUUCUUUUGUUAAAUCAUAAUCUCUAUUGCAAGUAAUAUAAUUUUAGUUUUUAGUGUUUUGUCCUACAGUUUAGCCUACAUUAAAUCUCAAUUUAGCCUACAUUAAAAUUGCAGUUUAACUACAUUAAAAUACAAAUUAAGCUUACACUAAGCACCGAAAUAUAUCUGUGUUUUCCAUUCUGACACCACACAUCAUUUAGUGGAUGGGAAGGUUUCAAAUUUUAAAUGCGUAUAUUUAUAUAUAUAUAAAGAAGUUAGGUAUUCGAAUGUCAAAAACGUCUUUUCCAGUAUGCCAGGCGAUGAAAUGUUAGCGACUUCGAUUUAAAUACAUUUUCAAUCCUCAAAGUAGUACAUUCUUACUUUUCUGAUUUCUGACCCUAGUCAUGAAGUAACUAUACUGACGUGUAUGAGUGGGUAGUAGGGGUCGCAAAACCGGUACCUUUUGCCAAAACCUGUAUUUUCGAUAUUGAAGUUUACGAAUACCGGAAUCCCGGUAUUUUCGAUAUUUAGAUAAUUUUUAGACGAGAUUCGAGAUUAGAGGUGAGGAUUUAUUAGGGCCGGCGCUAGGAGGGUGCGGGUCUUGGGAAAAUUGAAUUUUGAGGGGCCGUUGACGUUAUAUAUUCGGCCGAUAGGAUAUUAAGACGCGUUAUAGACGUUUGACUAUCGAAUAAUUCCGAAUAUUGUGUUGACUGGAUUAGGAACUAUUAGUAGGCUCAGGUAUGUUAUAAAUAUACUAAAGCAACGUGCUGCCCACUUCGCCGUCCCCCUAGCGCCGGCCCUGUAUUAUCCAUGAAAGUAAAACAUUCAGAAAAAUAUCAUUUUUUUUAAUUUUUAAUAAGCUUUUAACAAUAACACAAAUGUCUAACUUCAGACUUUAAUCAAACGAACAAAAAUAAUAUUCUUAACUUUUUAAUUUAAAUAGUUUUAUUAAUCAAGUAUUAAAAUAAUUGGUGUUGUUUUAAUCUUUGGUCAAAUUAUAUAAUGAAAUCGUAAAUAGGACAAAGUGUAUAAUGUUUGGUCACUUAACUUUGACCGCAAAUGGUCACAAAAGUAACCCGAUGAAGAGAACAACCGCUCUGACUCCACACUGGUCGGAGAAAUAGACCUUAGGCUAUCAUACGCAAUUUUUAUAUAUUUUCCUCUUGAACCACCAUUCUCAAAUAAAGCGAUUUUCAUUUUUACCAAUGUAUCAAUGUCUCCAUCCGUUGGUCUGGAAGUAUUAUCCAGAGCCUGAAGUUUCUUUUGUAUUUCAAUUUCAAAUUGUCUCUUAAGCGGCAGUGUGUCUUCAAGUUCAUCAUGCUCCGAUCCAAGAUGUUUAAUUUCAUUGUUCCUAGAUAUUUCCAACGAGAAAUCCGCUGUCUGACCAAGCUUUAUAAAUAUCCACGGUAUGUUUCGCAUCUGGUCGCAAUCUGGCCUUAGAAAUGCGUCCAAGUAGUCACUGGAAUGUGCAGACUUUAAAUAAGAGUCAAGGCGUAAAGGUGUACCUCAAAAUAUAUUAAGUAUCUUGUUACAUCUAAUACAUUUAGCUGAGAGAUUGUCCGUAGCUUUCAAGAAAUAUUGCCAAACUGAUGUAUUUCGUUUCCGAUAGUUUCAUAUGCUUAUCAAAUUUAGGUUGAUUUUUUUCAGGGUCCCCCAUUUCUUUCUGUCAACCUGAAGGGAAAAUGAAUCAUUUAAAAAAUAAAUAAUCAAUUCAAUCGAGUUGGUUUGACGUGUACUUUUUAAAAAAAUGUUUUAAUGUUUGGCUAGGUACGGUACAGACAAACUGGGACAUUCAGCCUGAGACAAAAAUAGCUCGAAAAUCAAUUAUGAGGUGAAUGUAAAUUAUUAAUAUUGUUAUCACAAAAUAGAAGUAACAUAAUUUGUCUGUGUCUUAAACUUAAGGUAUUUGAUUAUCAAAGUACGGAUUUACUCAUAUUUUUAAAUAUGUAGGUUUUUUGGCAUAAUUAAAAGAAAUCAAGCAAUCAAACAUUUUUGUUAUUAAAAGUUGACCCCGUGAUUUGAGUGCAACGUGUUAUUAUUUCCAUAAAAACUCUUAAUGGAAGUCAAAAUUCGAUCUUCAUUCAACUAUACCAAUCACUUAUUUGUCAAUAAUAUGAAAACAUUUACUUACCAAUCCUGUACUUUCUCUUUGAACUUGAGACACGUGGUGUGAGGGAUUUGCACAUCUCAUAAAUUAUUGAUAUGUCUUGUUUUAACUACGACGUGGAAACUAAGAAAAACGAUUUAAAAGAAAUUGAAAAUGAAAUCCCGGGAUUAUCGAAAAUCCAGGUUUUCAUAAAUCCAAUCCCGGUUUUUUCGAGCAUCAAUUAUGGUCCGAUAUUCCGGUAUUUUCGAAUUUUGGGAUCCCGGAUUGCGACCCCUAGUGGCUACAUGGAAACAACCAUAUUAUUAAUCAUUUCAGACAAAUCCUAUCAGUGUAGGUAAAUUUAUAAACGCAACAACACUUUUUUUGCAAUCAUUUUUUUAAAACAUCUCCUAUUUGCAGUGACCAAGCCGUUGAAUAUUUUUGUGUUCUUACUGCCAAAGACGUGGAAGGAGUCGAAGUGCAAUCCAAUGCUGGUACAAGGGUGACGUCACGAACUCCGUGGCAUAUCAGAGAAAUCCAGCAACUGGCAGACGGCUACAAGGUGAAGGCAGGGACGCAACUCAGUAAUACAGGGAGAAUACAAAGUGGUAUAUUUGUUUUAAGGCAGAAAGGAUUAGUAAAAAGUAAAGAGAACAUUUUAAUGGCGGAAUAAAUGAUAACAGAAAAUUAUCGAUAUUGUUUACAAUUAUGAAAUCUGCAUUUAGAUCGUAUUUCAGACUCAGACUCUUUCUGAGUGCUUCCUGGCCUCCUGGCCUUGUAAUUCAACAACAACUUAAAAUACCUAAUAUUUUGUAUUUCUGAAAUUAUGUGUAUCUAGCUAGCAUAUGUAUUAUAGUUUCUUUCCCCUUGAGUGUGAUUGCAGACUCAGACUCUUUCUGAGUGCCUCCUGGCCUCCUGGCCUUGUAAUUCAACAACAACUUAAAAUACCUAAUAUUUUGUAUUUCUGAAAUUAUGUGCAUCUAGCUAGCAUAUGUAUUAUAGUUUCUUACCCCUUGAGUGUGAUUGGUUGAGUCUAUUAGUUGGUCUGAUUGGUUGUCUAUUGCUUGAGUAUGAUUGGUUGAGUCUGAUUGGUUUAGUCUAUUUGUUGAAAAUGAUUGGUUGAGUCUACCUGAAUGAUAUGAAGAUAUUAAAUUAGUUGUGGCCCGAUGGUUAUUUGACCUUUUUACGAUUAAAUUCUUCAUAGUAAAUGUCUGGACAGUAAGCUAUUUUGUGAAGUGAUUAUAGACAUUAGUCUUGUGAGUACGUUCUGGAGCUAACUAGUCAACAAUGUUAGCAUAAAGUUCAAGUGUUCCAUUUGUUGGAAGAAGAUCACCGGCCAAGGAACGUCAGGGCGUUAGAGACGUCGCCCCGGGGGGAGGGAGGGGACUUUUUCGGUCAAAUGCAGAGUAUUUUUCGAGGGGGGGGGGGGGGGGAAGGGUGUUUGCUGAUAAAUAUCUUGACCCACCGCGAGUAAAAUUAACCAAUGGAGAAGAUAGCGUUGAUAAUUUCUGUUCAGUACAGUACAAGUUGUUAAGUUAUAGAUAGUAGCAUCACACGUUAAAAGAAAACGAUGUACAGCCAAGACGAAAGAGUUACACACGUAGACUUACAGUGGCAGGCGGAAAUCACUGUUAUAAGACUUGAGUCGUUGUUUGUGGAUGCUAUGGGCUGUGCAAUUUGUAAUGGACUAGUUGGUAUUUUCAUCGCCGUCGCGUGAAUUUUGGAGGACCCCUGCCCCUUUUGGAGGACCCCUGCUCAUUUUAAAAGACUUCCAUCACUUUUGGAGGAUCUCUGCCACUUUUGGAAGACCUCUGCCACUUUUGGAAGACCUCAGACCCCUUUCGGUUUUGUGAUCCCCUCUGUUCAACAAUGACAGUUUUAAUUUUAUUCCACAUUACCAGGUUUGGCCCUUAUAUAUCCGACUCUCGCUACAGCUGCAGGGUUCGUCCCCUUAUAUAACCGAGUCUCGCUACAGCUGCAAUGGUUUGUCCCCUUAUAUAUCCGAGUCUCGUUACAGCUGCAGGAUUUGGCCCCUAAUAUACCCGAGUCUCGCUACAGUUGCAAGGUUAGAUCCCUUAUAUAUCAGAGUCUCGCUACAGCUGCAAGGUUUGGCCCCUUAUAUAUUCGACUCUCGCUACAGCUACAAGGUUUGUCCCCUUAUAUACCCGAGUCUCGCUACAGCUGCAAGGUUUAUCCCCUCAUAUAUCCGAGUCUCGCUAUAGCUGCAAGGUUUGUCCCCUCAUUUAACCGAGCCUCGCUACAGCUGCAAGGUUUGGCCCCUCAUAUACCAGAGUCUCGCUACAGCUGCAAGGUUUGUCCCCUCAUAUAUCCGAGCCUCACUACAGCUGCAGGGUUUGCGCGUCUCACUUGACGGGUCUGUGUAUUAUAUGUCCAGACACUGGUAUUUGGCAGUCUAAAAUGGUGGAUCUAGCUAUAACUUCAUUUUUUUUUUCUGACCCUUCACCUUCUUUUGAAACAUUGCAUGAGACUGUGUAUUCAUUAGUCGAGACGUCGUACUCCACCCCAAACCCACUCAUAUGUAAAAAAUCUACGAAUUCAAGCAAACCUGACCCACCGAAUCCAGAAGGCAAUGGUUCUCUCAUAAUUAGACAGUAAAGAGGAUAUGAAUAGCUCUAGAGUGGCGUUAGAGAUAAGAGUAACGUUAGCGAUAAGAGUAACGUUAGAGACAAGAGUGACGUUAGAGAUAAUAGUGGCUUUAGAGUUAAGAGUGAAGCUAGAGAUACAGAUGACCACGAUCUGCAUGAAAUAUACUUACUUUUUAUAUUUGUCACAGAUAUGAGAUAAUUAAUACAAGGGAGUUAAGUAUUGUGAGAAAUUAUCACUUGUAAUAUUUAGAGUAUCGAAACUAGGUAAAAACUAACCAUAUGGAGACGGAAGGUAACAGUUUCGUCCAUAUUUAUGUAAAAAGAUUUGGUCAUAGUGAUUGUUACGCACUGGCUUCUAAUAUGAGAAAUGAAUCUCCUAUGUUAAUUUUAAUUGGCUCAUUGUAAGCAGUGCCUAACAAAGGACGACACCAUAGAGUCAACGAAAUUAAAGAUACGACACCCAAAACAGUUAUUAGUUACAAUUAAUAAGAUUUAAUAAGUAUUAAUGUAAUUACAAAGAAAAGAAAUAUCAUUAUACAUCAUCAACUUACAGUAUGGUAGAUCUUGUACCGGUACACAGUUAACACAGUUAGAAUAAUGUGCCAAUGAAUAAUGAUGAAUGCGAAAUAAACACAUAUAUAAGAACACAAAGAAUAAUACACGUCUCGUGAAGUUAAUAAAAGCUAUCUGAAUCUCCGUCUCUCCGUCCGUGCCUGUCAAUCCCUUAUAUAGGUCGCGUAAGCCUUGCCUUCCAGGAAGACUUAUGACGUGUUGUUUACAUAUCUCGGGUUAUCGAGCACAUUCGAGAAAAUACCAGGAAGACAGUCUAACAUGUUUAAUUGGUAAACACGGUUGUAAACAAGAUACUUCAAAAGAAUAGGCCACGCCCACAACAGACCGCUAACGUCUGCUAGUGAUCUAAUUUAGGUCAAGUACAAUUCAAGCACGGAAAAAGCGUGCUACAUAACAGUGAUAUUUUUAUCAAACUAGAGAAGUUGCCAAUGAGUUUACAGAGAAGAUACAUUAAAAGUAUUUCAUGGGUUUAGUAUGUUUAUGUGAGACAUGGACCUAUUUCGUAUCAACUAUUGUAUUAUUGUGAUAGUCUGUUAAGUAUAUAAUAAAGUAUAGUCACUAUCACUUGAUCCACUACGCGUUUUUUAUUAUAACUCAUAACUAGAUUGUGGUUGUGAGAUAUUGUAGUUGUGACAAUAUUAUAAUCCCAUUUCCUGGAAAACGUGUUAUUAGCAUUCCCCCCAACCCCCCUGUCUUUUUCAGGACCUUCAACAGAGAGUAUCCAGGCUAGAGGAGAUCAUUGGCCUUAAAUCAAAGAACCCAAAUGUAUCAAUCAAACGUCGCGCCCUAAAACAUGGACACAUUAAGUCUUCGCCCCAUUUGUAGAACUACACCAACGACACCUAAUGUGGAGCCCUAAAGCAAAUAUUUUAGUCCAGCUGAGAGCCCUACCACAAAUGUUUUAGACCAGCUGAGAGCCCUACAACACAUUUUUAGACCAACUGAGAGCCCGGCAACACAUUUUUUUAGACCAACUGGGAGCCCUGCACCAAGGAUCCCCUGGUGUAUCAGAAAAACGCCCAAUAACAUAUUGAAAGAACAUUAAAGUGUCUUACGAUCUCGUCCUCAUGCCAUGUUUUGUGCUACCUUUUAAAAAAUCACCAUUCGUCAUUUGAAGUAUUUGAUGACAUAGUGUUAACUUGUACAAUAAACGCAAACUAGUAUAAUUAACUUCUUGCCAA